ACACAGUUGACGGCACUAUUCUUAACUUGUUAUCGUGCUAUAUUUUAUUAUUUGCAGAUUAGCUGCUGAUAAGAUUUUAUAGCCAAUUCCGAUCAGGCUUCAAUUAGGGCCUUUCGAUUGAGGAGCAAAGUGAUAUUUUCCUGAAUUCCACGUGUGCUUUAGGAAAAUAAUAAAAUUCUGGUAAUUUAGCAGUGCAUUUUUUAUGCACUAACUGCAACAAGUGGAAUUCUCGAGUUAAAGUAUUCAAAAGCCGGAACAAACAGUAACAUUAAGCCAAGCUGGAGGAAUUCGAAUUGGAGGACAUCGAAGGCGCAAUGGAUUUCUGGGGUAUUUUCAUGUUUUUCCUGCUCACUUUCCUCAUCAUGAGUUGCUGCGGAUAUUGCUGUACCAGCAGACGCCAGGGUGCCGUUUUGUCAACGCCCGUGGUGGUGACCUCCGCCACGCACACGGCUCCCGGCGGAUAUCCGGUCACACAGCUGCCUCCGCCGGGCUAUCCGGCGGGCAACGCCUACGCAGCUCCCGUUGGAUAUCCCGCCCAGACCACCGGUAACGUGACCGUGCAGAUGCCCAUGCCGAUGCAACCCCAUAACCAACAGCAAAUGCCGAUGCCGAUGCCCGGCAUGCAAACGCAUGGCGUGGCCUAUCCUCCGUAUCCCGGCGCCGGGGCUGCCAGCAUGAAUCCUCCGCCCUACGACAUGGCCAUGGCUAAUCCGGGACCCAGUGUCAUGCCCUCCGGCUAUGAGAAGCAGGCUCCCUACAACCCCAACUUUGGGCAGUGAUUGCUAACUGCGAACUGAAAGUGACACUUAUUUGGAGGAGACCCUCUUUCGCCUCGACAUAGCUUUUAUACACUGCUGAACGCAUUCGUUUCGAUUCCUCUUUAUAUGUAUUACCCAAAUGAACUCCAAAUAGUCAGCGAUAUAUUUCCAAGCGGCCGGGGGAAGAAACCAAAGCAAAAGCGAUCGCACAACGAGCCAUUUUUGUAUUGCUUGUGAUGUAUGUAUGUAAAAUGAACAUAUAACUUAAGUGGAACCUAUAUUUAAUUUAUACACCUACGUUAAGGAAGCCCAAAAAGAAAACAAAACUGAACUACAUGAAGUGUUAAUUGUAAUAAACUAGCGAAGUGCACGUCAAAUACAUGCCUGUUUUUUCGAUGUGCACUUCCACAAAAACCAGAAA